AUGAUUGAAGCAGCUAUACAAACUAGCUGCAAGGCAUCUGUCAAUGGUUGUGUGAUUGAAUCUGCACUCGACCAAAAUUGUGUAAGGGAGGCACAUAACAUCAGAUUACAGAUUCAGGUUGAUGAGAACCGCAACAUUGGGCAGAGCUACUCUCCAAUCUAUAAGGAUUUCUUUGGAAAGGUAUAUGCCAUCUAUGAAACGAAUGGAAUUCCUGUCGUGACAAAUGUACCUGCGAAGCCAAAGGUUGUUCAUCUGGCUGAUGUAAAAGAGCUGGUUGGCUUGGUGGUGUCUACAGCCACUAAUGGAUGGUAUAUUGUCUGGCUGGAACUGAACCGUGGGCCAAAAUUAUUGCUUGGUUGUCAUGCAGACAUAUAA